GCAAAAUGACCGUGUUUGUCAAAUAGUUGCUCGUGAGUUCUUCGUUUGUCACAGAUUCUCGUGGGUGUCAUCCAUUGAAAUCGAUUGAUUUGAAGGAUCCGAUUCUCGUGGGUGUUAUCCAUUGAGAUCGAUCGAUUUGAAGGAUACGAUAGACUCGAUCUGACCUGUGGGGUGGAUUGGUGCGCCGGAGACAAACAUGUCGGAUACCCAGAAAGAGUCGCAAGAGCAGAAGAGCUCAGCUGCUGAAGUUUCACAGGCAACAGGAAAUCUCUUCUCGCAGUUCUCCUGUUUGCAGUUUUCAACACCGAAAGCAACCGUGGUUGAUAUUGAGAGGCGUUUGCAGCGACCUACAGACCCUCUUACUCAGCUCCCUGUCUUCUUCGACAGUGAUUCUAGUAAUGGGACAAAAGCUCUACAUGCGCUUGGGAAGAAGAAGCAUUUGAAGCCAAGUUUGAUGACUUGGAGGAAGUCAAAUGCGAAGCGGAAGCUCUUUAAUGUCAGCGGAAAAUAUACGGAGGAACCAAAACUUCAUCUAAGACGAUCAUUCGACGACUACUUGGACCCACAAAUUAUUGAUGAAGAGGCUCGAAAAUUGCUCAGAAAUACGCAGGAUCCACGUUUGAAGAUUCCUUCUGACAAAGAGUCGACAACUUCUGCGGUACAAAGAGGUUCAUUUGAUUGGCCAAGCGAGGAGUUGCAUGCGAUGUACUCGUGUGUCCAAGAGAACACCAGCAAUCCAAAGUUCUUUGAAGCAGAAGCUCAAAUUCCAUCUCAGCCCAAAGAAAGACUUGGCGAACAACUAAAGUUGUCAUUUGUAAAGAAUGAAGCAUGUGUGUACGAUACCGGGACCGUUCAUUUGCCGAGCCAGGGUCCACAAGCUAUAAAGCACAGUCUGCAGAGCAUUGAUCGAAAUUUUCCUGGACAAGUUUGGAAUCUGUCUCCGCUACGAAAAAGACUUCAGGCACGAUUGAAAAUCUCAUCCAUCGGGAAUGUACCAGCCUCUAGCGAUGAGUCUUGUGAUUUGCCAACCAAGAACUUGCAAGCCAGGAGUGACGAGUUCAGCCAGGAUGAAACGGUGGGAACAACAAGCAACCCGAAUGAUUAUUUGAUCAGAUUGGAAGAUACCAUGGAGAGGAGAAGUGAACUUUCUUCCGACCAAGUCAUCUAACUUUGACG